AUGGAGGAUUCCAACAGGUGGAACAGUACCCCAAGGAAUAUAGCCGUUUUAAACUUCGGCACCAAUGACAAACAGAAUUGCGUAACAAUUUUAGAAACAGCGCUAUAUCUGACGGAGAAGUAUCUUGGGAAAAUUAUCAACAGUUCUUACAUUUACGAAACUGUUCCGGAAUACAUCGUCCUGGAUGAAGCAAAGAAAAUUGGAAAGGUAAGAGAGGAGCAGGCCCCAAAUAAAAUUUCUUGGAUAAAGGAUUUGAUCGAGAAUGUAGAAAAAUCCAGAUACGAAGAAAGUGAAGAUUUAAUUUAUGAGUGCAAAGAACUGGAAAUGUUUUUAAAAAAUGAAAAAAUAAAUGAAAGCAUUAUCAAGGAAGUGAAUGUGAAGGAUUACGAAAAUGAAACAAGAAAAAUAAUCAAACAGAAUGAUGAAAUAAUGAAGACAAAUUUAGAAAAAUGUAAAGAUAAAUAUUACACCAGUUAUUUUUUUAACUUAGCAGUUGUAAUUCGGACCUUUGUUGAAGACCCCCUUACCAUGCUCGUAAUUUUAAAGUACAUAGAGCAAAUCAUGAAAAGAAGGGAAAGCAAAAAGUGUCAGGGAGAAAUAUUUGAAAAUCGCAUAAUAGACAUUGACAUAUUAUUUUUUAACAAUUACACAAUUUUUGAGAAAAGCAUAGAAUUAAAAAAAAAUGACAUACAUAAUAUAAUCAAAAAAUAUAUUCACAUAGAUCAUACUAGUGAUCAGAACCGCCUGGAAAUUAUUCAAAAUUUAAGCGACAAAAUCGAAUUCUUAUGUAUCCCUCAUGUGUACACAAAAUAUAGGUAUAGUAUCCUCCUCUGCUUAAAUGAUAUCAUUCCCGAGUAUAAGCACAACACAUUUGAUGAAACCAUUCGCUCAACCUAUAAAAAUUAUAUUAACAAAUUUGAAUAUAAGUAUCAAAUUAAUAUAAGGGAAAAUAAUAGGAAGCUAUAUGUCUUGAAAGAUAAAGUAUCAUACUUAAAGGAGAAAACUCAUAUAGUGGGCAUUUUGAAUGUUAACUACGAUUCCUUUUCUGAUGGUGGCUUGUUUGUUGAUCCUGUGAAAGCUGUGGACAGGAUAUUCGAAAUGACGAAUGAUGGGGCCACCGUGAUUGACAUCGGAGGUGAAUCAUCCGCUCCUUAUGUGGUCCCGAAUCCUAAUGUCACUGAACGCGAUUUGGUCAUCCCCGUGUUGAAGCUAUUUAAAGAGAAGUGGCAUGCUUUUGAACACGAGGUCGUCAAUAAUGCGGAGGGCUGCGCUAUAAUGGACGAUAACAAGAAAAACGCCCAGCGAGAUACAGAGGGGGCUACCAUCCUACAAAAAGUGAGAGACGCAAAACCGACCAUAAGUAUUGACACUGUGAAUUAUGAUCUGUUCAAAGAAUGCGUGGAAGACGAUUUGGUGGAUAUCCUAAACGAUAUCAGUGCGUGUACACACAACCCAGAUAUUAUAAAAUUAUUAAAAAGGAAAAAUAAAUUUUAUACUGUCGUUUUAAUGCACAAGAGGGGAAAUCCACACACCAUGGAUAAGUUAACAAAUUACGAUAACCUUAUAAAUGACAUUAAAAAGUAUUUAGAAGAUCGGUUAAAUUUCCUCGUUCUCAAUGGGAUACCACGUUACCGAAUUCUCUUUGAUGUUGGAUUAGGCUUUGCCAAAAAACACGACCAAUCUAUUAAGCUCUUGCAGAAUAUUCACGUUUAUGAUGAGUACCCGCUGUUUCUUGGAUACUCGAGGAAGCGAUUUAUUGUCCACUGCAUGGGAAAAAAUAGCGCUAGCAAUGGGGGCCUAGAACUGACUAAAGGGAAAUCCGACGUGCCCAACGGGAAGUCUGAACUGGCUAAUGGGAAGUCUGAACUGGCUAAUGGGAAGUCUGAACUGGCUAAUGGGAAGUCUGAACUGGCUAAUGGGAAGUCUGAACUGGCUAAUGGGAAGUCUGAACUGGCUAAUGGGAAAUCUGAACUGGCUAAUGGGAAAUCUGAACUGGCUAAUGGGAAGUCUGAACUGGCUAAUGGGAAGUUCGAACUGGCUAAUGGGCACUCCAAACUGGCGAAUGGUAACGCAUCACAACUGUGGAAUUUCAAAAUGAACCAUAUGCGUCAGGACAAGGAUCAGCUUUUGUACCAGAAAAAUAUUUGCGGCGGAUUGGCCAUUGCUUCCUACAGCUAUUACAAGAAGGUGGAUCUUAUCAGAGUUCACGACGUGUUAGAAACGAAGGCAGUUCUGGAUGUGCUUGCAAGCAUACAUGAAUCUUAG